AUGAUGAAUGCGAUUGGAAUAUAUCGGCGGUGUGUGGACAAGGUGUUCUGGCUGGCGGUGUGCAGUAGGUGAAAAUAUGUUCAAUGACCGAAAAAUUUGAUAAAAAAUUUAUUUCAGUAUCAAUAUUUUUCACUCGAUGCAUUCCCUUCCCAGACGAUUGUACGGAUCAUUGUGUUUCGCAGAUGCAAAUGGUAAGCGUCUCAGGGAAAAUUGACAUCAACCACUGUGUUUAUUGUCAUUGGCGAUUGAAACUAAAGUUGCUCUUGACCGGUCGGAUCAGGAUAACUGUUCAAUUUCACAAAAAAUAUUUCGGUGAUUUUAAGCUCUAUAAAUGAGAUUUUUGUCACGUUUUACGUGAAAAUUCCCCAAAUGAAAUGGCUGACGCGGCUCGUUUUGCUUCCUUUAGGGGGUGGAAAUUUUGAAAAUGGCCGGUCCAGACCUCUUUUUUCAGCCAAGCUUGACAAUAUCAUCAAACCACAAGCACGGCCCCAAAAAAUUGGCUUGGCCAGUUUGAAGAUUUCCACCCUCUAAAAGGGACGCAUAACAAGCAAUUUCCGCUUUAAAAUUAGCGUGAUAUAGUGAAUUUAUCAUGGAAACUCAUGCCCUUCGACAAUUGUCUGCUGUUUUUACCAUUGAACGCCCUCCCGGACCUGGCAAAGACAAUAGUUGCGUAGCUGGUUCAGACAGGUCAUCUUUGCAUUGACCGGUCAAAAUUCCUUCAAGCCAAGACUAAAAUUUUUAUUGAUCUCGUCUUUCCAGAUGCUAGACACAAUUCCUGCGACUAAAAACACAUCAUGGGCUUUGCAUCAACGCUCUUUACUUCAACGUCAAGCCGGUGGGAAGAGUGAGAACCAGACGCCCGAUAUCGCCGGUGUCUCCACUAUGAACAAGUUUUUUACUCAAGUUUGUCUGUAAGUGGCUCAAAAUCAUAAUUUAUUCCAUUGACACUCAAAUUUGUCUAUUUUUCUCUUCAGUUCAUACGAAUCGGUAGAGCACUGCUUGGAGAAAUGCGGAGGAAAUUCGAAGCAACUGUUGAUGGUGAAACAGACCUACGCUGGGCUGAAGUUGAUCUGCAAAGACUAUCGCAAAGGUAAGAGGGUCUUGCGCCGGACAUGGAGGGCUUCUUUUGCUGAUUACUUUGCAUGUCAUGGCUCAACUUCCCAAAAAAUUUCGAUUUUAUGGAUCCCAAUGACCUCAAUUUUUGGCCGACGCAUUGUUUCUGAGAAAAUGCCCUCAGGGUAUCAUUUCAAUCAAGAUUUUUUAAUCCAGUUUUCAAAAAAAUUUUGAUAAAGAAUAUUGCCGAGGAUAUUUUGAUAAAAAAAAUUUGAUUUCAAAAAAUUAUAUCCCUCAUGGUCCCAAAAAUUCAUUUUUUAUAAAUUUUGCACAAUUAUUUACCAUGUCAUAUUAGCAAAAGAUCCUUCCAGGUCAGAAUGACCUGUAACAUUUUUAGAUUUCUUCUCUGCCCUUCCCUGUCUAACCCAAUAUGAACCAUUGGCCAUGUCCAAGUGCAGCGCUCAAAUUCAGCAGUCCCACAUAACAACAGCCAACUUUACGUCCGCUAUUGUGAACCGAGAAUUCUACAGUAUUCGGUUGAAAUUCCGGUUCUUAUGCAAGUAAGAUGGGAAAUCAAAGUCCCAAAAAAAAUUCGCAUAUUUUUAGGGACCUCAGCGCAAUGAUCAAUUGCAUGGAGCCGAUAGUUCGAGCUGGUUGUGGGGAUCGCUCGACCAAUCUGAUGCUGCACUUCAUCACUCUAGAGUUCUCGAGGUAUUAUAUAAAUUUGAAGAUGAAUGUCUAACUUCAUAAUUUACGAAGUUAGAGACAUUCAAAGGAACGAUGAUUGGGGAAAAACAAUUGGGAAACUAAAAAGUAUUAUUUUUCUUCAAAAUAAGUGUCGAAAUUAGGAUAACCGAUGGCGCUGAUUUUGCAAAUAACAUUCAUUUUUUGAUAGAUACUAUUAUCUUGCUAGAAAUCUUAUUAAUUUCUUCUGGUUUGAAAUCAGCACCAUCAAAAACCUCUAAAUCGAAUAUUUGUGAAAAAAGUUGUUAAAAAAAUAUUGGUGAAAAAGUUCAAAAAUCAACUUUACAGUACUACUUAAGGAAAAAAGUUACAGUCAAAAAAUUAAUAUCAUUUUCAAAAUCAGCGCCAUCGGUUAUUCUAAUUUUGACACCUACAUCGAAAAAAUAAUAAUUUUCACUUUCCCCAACCGUCCCGCUCCCCCAAAAUGCCUUUUUUCCAAUUGCCGACUUUUCGUUACUUUUCAGUUUCGAGCAACUUUACAGUCAACUGGCCUUCAACGAGCCUCUUCCUCAUCACUGUCGAUCACUGUUGUCGCUGUCCAAUGGUCGGAAUAAUCUUUUCCAGCCUCGAACUUUUGUGCUGAAUAUGGCUGCCACGAGUUCGGCGGGAUCGUUGGGUUUUAGCUCGUGUACUGCACUCCUAAUAAUAUUUUAUUGCGUUUUUUGCAAGACGACAGUUUGUUCUCAAAAAUAAACCAGGGUUUCUUAUCAAUGAUCUCCUAGGAAUGCGAAACUUGACCGGUUAAGGUAAUUUUGACCAACUCUGACCGGUCAACUUGACAAAUCAGAGAGUUUCAGGCGGAUUGGUCAACUUUUAAUCCAAAUUCUUAUCUUUUUUCAACCAAUUUUGCCUACACUUUCAUACACAAAAAGUUUUCAUAUGCUUUUUACUCUCAAAACUAAGGUUAGAAUUUAUUUUAGCGCAAACCAUCAAAUUUACGAAACAAAAACAGGCGUUUUCGAUGUAG